GCAAUAUAUGAAAAAAACCAAGCAAUAUUUCCAAAUUAGAGCUAAUACAAAAAUGAAUAUUCUGAUAACAUACUUUUGUUGUAUAAUUUUAUCAUCAAUUCAACAGUCUCAUUCUGCAUCUCCCUCACCUUCUCCUUCUAGAUCAAUAAUCAGUAUCCCAUUAUAUCACAAAGGAAUUCAACAUCCUGACAAAGAAGCCACAUCAGAUAUAUACCCAAUAGAUAAUGCAUAUGCAAUAUUCUUAUGGAUUGGUACUCCAGUACAAGUUUUACUUGUUAUGGUAGACAUAGGAAGCCCAAUUUCAUGGUCACAAUGUGAUCCAUGUAAUAGUUGUUACCCUAUGCAACGUCCAGCCUUUAAUACUAGAGCAUCAAGUACUUUUAGAGAACUUGGUAGCUACUCAGAUACAUGUUUGAUCCCAAUGAUGAGGGAAGUUUUUGGAAACAGCACUGGUUGGACAUGUAGAUACAAUGUGAAAUAUGGUUCUGCUACUAGCCAUGAAUUUCAUUCCUUUGGUCUAAUGGUGACUGAUACACUUAACCUUGAACAUUCCAAUACACAGGUUAAGGAUUUCAUCAUAGGUUGUGGAGAUUCAUAUGAGGGUCCAUUUAGGGCUCAAUUCUCAGGUGUUUUAGGUUUAGGACGCGGUCCUCUUUCGAUUCAGAGUCAACUCAAAGCAACGGCGUUUUCUUUUUGUCCUGUAAGUCAAGGAUCAGAGAAACCUUCGUCUCUUGAGUUUUAUGAUGUUCCACCAGAAAUGGACCAAAAUGGUUCCAUUAUGGUUGCAUUGACAGAGAACAGUGGCUACCCUUUUCACUACUUUUUGCAAUUUGUUGGUAUAGGUGUUGAUGGGUUUAUGUUGGAUAUUCAAUCUAGAGUUUGGGGGUAUGGUUUGAACUAUGAUGGUGGGGUUAUUAUAGAUAUAGGAACAAUGCUAACUUAUUUACCAACUGAUGCUUAUAGUGUGUUCAGAUCAGAGAUACUUAGAACAGAUCACAAUCGUGCCGCGGCGUCGGGAUAUGAGGGGUCAAAAUUUUGUGUCUUACAAGUUGAACCAUAACCAGUUACUCUUCACACCAGAAGAAGGCACUGUUUGUCUGUCAUUUGCAGAAGGAAAGAGUUCUGCUCUCACAGUGAUUGGUAGUAACCAACUCCAAGGAACUUUGUUAACGUUUGAUCUUGUCAAUCAGAUCCUUGUUCUUACAUUCAAUGAGUGUUAAGAGAUUAACAGAACUAUUGGCUGUUUAUUUGAUAUUUUAUUUUUUACCAUUAAUCAUAAUUCAUGUUUGUUAAGGUUGAGGAUAAGUCUUUCAGUUGGGUUGGUGUGUUAUGUUUAUGAUAACAUCCCUUAGUUAUUUGUGUGCAAAACCUUUGUUUACAUUCAA